UUUGGCUUGUAGGUAUGUUUUGUGAAGUUUUUUAUAUAGAAUAACUGGAAGAUGACUCUAAUAAAAAAUUUGGCCUAUACACUUUUUAAAAAAAAAUUCUUUUGAUAUAGAGUAACUGAAAGAUGAUUGAGGGCACAUCACAAACGGAGCCACUAGGUACUGACCAGGCCCUGAUUUCCCCGUGGGGUCUGUGUAGGCCGAACUCCAGAGUGGCCUCUGGGCAGGCCCAAGAGUCUUACAUAAGUGACUGCAGCCAUCAUGACGGCUGAAGAAACAGUGAAUGUUAAAGAAGCUGAAAUAAUUAAACUAAUACUAGAUUUUCUGAACUCAAGGAAACUUCAUAUCAGUAUGCUGGCCCUUGAGAAAGAAAGUGGGGUCAUUAAUGGCUUGUUUUCAGAUGACAUGCUUUUUCUAAGGCAAUUGAUUCUUGAUGGUCAGUGGGAUGAGGUUCUUCAAUUUAUUCAGCCUCUGGAAUGCAUGGAAAAAUUCGACAAGAAAAGAUUUCGUUACAUUAUAAUGAAGCAGAAGUUCUUGGAAGCCUUAUGUGUAAACAAUGCGAUGUCGGCAGAAGAUGAGCCUCAGCAUCUGGAGUUUACAAUGCGAGAGGCUGUACAGUGCCUACAUGCGUUGGAAGAAUAUUGUCCCUCUAAGGAAGACUAUAGUAAGCUCUGCUUACUACUGACACUGCCUCGCUUGACCAACCACGCGGAAUUCAAGGACUGGAAUCCCAGCACUGCACGGGUUCACUGCUUUGAAGAAGCCUGCGUCAUGGUGGCAGAGUUUAUUCCUGCCGAUAGGAAACUGAGUGAGGCUGGCUUCAAAGCAAGUAACAAUCGUUUAUUUCAGCUUGUAAUGAAGGGAUUGCUUUAUGAAUGUUGUGUGGAAUUCUGUCAGAGUAAAGCAACAGGAGAAGAAAUCACAGAAAGUGAAGUAUUGCUGGGCAUCGAUCUCUUGUGUGGUAAUGGGUGUGAUGAUUUGGACCUUAGUUUAUUGUCAUGGCUGCAGAAUCUACCAGCAACUGUUUUUUCUUGUGCUUUUGAACAAAAGAUGCUUAAUAUUCAUGUUGAUAAACUCCUCAAGCCUACAAAAGCUGCGUAUGCUGAUCUUUUGACACCUCUAAUCAGCAAACUUUCUCCUUAUCCAUCAUCCCCAAUGAGACGGCCUCAAUCAGCAGAUGCUUACAUGACCCGCUCCUUAAAUCCUGCCUUAGAUGGGCUGUCAUGUGGAUUAACGAAUCAUGAUAAGCGAGUCACAGACCUUGGGACCAAAACUUCUCCAAUGUCACACUCCUUUGCUAACUUCCAUUACCCAGGAGUACAGAACCUCAGCCGAAGUCUCAUGCUUGAGAACACUGAGUGUCACAGCAUUUUUGAAGAGUCACCUGAGCGAAGUGAUACUCCUGUGGAGCCACAGCAUCCCAUCAGCAGUGAGACUUUGUGCCAGAGUUCAGUUCCAGAAAAUGAACCACUUACUGGAUCACAGAGUCAGGGAUCAGCCAAACAAGAGAAGAAUGAGGUACUUCGCGAUUCAACAGAGCAGUUUCAGGAAUAUUACAGACAAAGACUACGUUACCAGCAGCACUUGGAACAGAAGGAGCAACAGCGACAGUUGUACCAGCAAAUGUUGUUGGAAGGAGGUGUAAAUCAAGAAGAUGGAGCUGACCAGCAACAGAAUCUUACUGAGCAGUUUCUUAACAGAUCUAUCCAGAAACUAGGAGAAUUGAAUAUAGGUAUGGACAGUCUUGGAAAUGACGUCCAAACACUUAGCCAGCAAUGUAAUGGGAGCAAAAUGAAUGCAUCUACCCAUCCAGCAAGUAAUUUUACAUCAGCGCCUUCAGAUGCUAGUCAGAGGAUAACAACUGAUAGCCCAAAUGUUAAUACAAGCACUCCUCGAAAGCGUGGAUCAGCUAAUCAGAUACCCUUCCCUGAAGAGUCACCUGUACAGGGGAAUCAAACUGUAUCAGAACAUGCUGUUACUCAGCCACAGUUGGAAGACUCUCCGGGGAAUUCAAGUAGGACAAGAGGUGAUGAGGAUGACAAAUCAAAAAAGCAGUUCAUUUGCAUUAAUACUCUAGAAGACACACAAGCUGUCAGAGCUGUAGCCUUUCAUCCCAGUGGGAGUUUAUAUGCAGUUGGUUCCAACUCUAAAACUUUGAGAGUUUGUGCCUAUCCAGAAGUAAUUGACCCAAGUGCUUAUAAUGCUCCUAAACAACCUGUAGUUCGCUUCAAAAGGAACAAGCAUCAUAAAGGAUCAAUCUACUGUGUAGCCUGGAGUCCCUGUGGACAGCUGUUAGCUACUGGUUCUAAUGAUAAAUACGUGAAAGUACUGCCUUUUAAUGCAGACACUUGUAAUGCAACAGGACCAGAUUUGGAGUUCAGCAUGCACGAUGGGACAAUCAGAGACCUUGCUUUUAUGGAAGGCCCAGAAAGCGGUGGUGCUAUUUUAAUAAGUGCUGGGGCAGGGGACUGUAAUAUUUACACAACAGAUUGUCAGAGAGGUCAAGGCCUGCAUGCCCUAAGUGGUCACACUGGUCAUAUUUUAGCACUUUAUACAUGGAGUGGCUGGAUGAUUGCAUCUGGAUCCCAAGACAAGACUGUAAGAUUCUGGGAUCUGAGAGUGCCAAGCUGUGUUCGUGUUGUGGGAACAACGUUUCAUGGAACGGGAAGUGCUGUAGCCUCAGUAGCUGUUGAUCCUAGUGGUCGUCUCCUGGCCACAGGACAAGAGGACUCUAGCUGUAUGUUGUACGAUAUCAGAGGAGGACGAAUGGUGCAGAGCUAUCAUCCUCAUUCCAGUGAUGUUCGUUCUGUUCGCUUCUCUCCAGGGGCACACUACUUGCUCACUGGAUCAUAUGAUAUGAAAAUAAAGGUGACAGACUUGCAAGGGGACCUCACGAAGCAGCUUCCUCUUAUGGUGGUGGGAGAGCACAAGGACAAAGUUAUUCAAUGCAGGUGGCACACACAAGAUCUUUCCUUCUUGUCAUCUUCUGCAGACAGAACUGUAACUCUUUGGACUUACAACGGCUAGAGUGCAAAACAAAGGCAACCUAUGCAGCUAAAGCACAGAGACCUGAGACUACAGAACUGUAAAAUUAAAGUAAUAAUAAUAAUUAGGCAUUGAGAAAGCAGCAGUUGAGCGGAAGAGUGUCAAGAGGAGGGGCACUUGUCACAGAUUUUUCUGGUUUCUAGGAGGUCUUGGUGUUUUUAGUAUGUUCUUUUGCAGUGCUUUCAGUCUUCCAUGUGAACUCAUGCUGCUGUGACCUAUGUGACCUAGUCUUGUUGCCAAAGUCUGAGGAGAACUCUUAUGUUGUUGAUGUGCACUCAGAGUAACAUGAAUGACGUGUUUACAGUUUGGUAUUAAUUGCAUUCCUUGGUCUUUGCCUCAAUGAGAAUUUUAUAUAGAAACUUAAGUUGAACAACAUUUCGAGUCUGUAUGUAACUGGUUGGUUACGCACACAAAAGAUAAAUUACUUCCACUGUUUUUUCAGGUUUAUUAUAUUCAUCACUUCUCAACAAGAGGUCAAACUUUAUAACAUCUCCACCAUUUAAACUUUUUCAGUAAUAAAUUCUGAACUUGAAAGGUGACUAGGCAGUAACCACAUCUUGAUUAUGGUCCAUUAUAUAGUGUGGGGUUUUUUUCAUCUAAACUGGGGGAAAUGUUGCUGGUUUUACUACAUGACAUAGUUUUGAACAUGUUGGAGGGGGAAAAAGUAAAAUAUUGACUUUUUUUCAGUAGAAACAUGUAAUAUUUUACUUUCUGAAUGCAACAUAAUACCUCUGUGUAUAAUGUACUGUAGAAAAGAGUGGAUUGGCAGCAGUUGUCACAGUGAGUUUAACGGCUAUCAGUCUUUCAAGUAAAAGGGAUACCAUUAAUGCUAUAAUAGAAACCAGCAUGGCUUAAAAUGCUAUGUCUGCAUGAUAACUUAAGAAUUGUUGGAAUUUCACAGUUCAGAAGCUUAUCUGAAUUUUAUUUCUUGCACUGUUUAUGGGAAAUUGCAGUUUUAUUUCUACAAAACUUUAGAUUCUAAUGUUUAUGUAUUGUUAUAUUUUCAUAUUGUACAGUUCCUUUUCCUUAUUAAAAUAUAAACCUUAAAACAUUAGGUUAUUUAUUUAUUUGAACUGCAGUUAAGUUUUGGAUUCUCUUGGUUACUAAGUUAUAUGUGCACUGUAGCAAGCAUUUUUAACUAUUGUAUAAAAGUGGAAAGGUAAUUAUAGAAGUGUAUCUGUGCUAUAAUCUCAAUAAAGACCUCCACCACCUGCA